CACGACAAAGAUGGCAGCCGGAUCUUUAUUGACGCAGUUUGGCCGAAUAUUCUUUAUUUUCUCUCGUCGGAAGCGACGAUUUUUAUCAACUCAGGCUGAAACACAUACUCUACAUAUUCCGGUGAUGAGCAGGGAGUGCUUGGGGUUUCUAGCUCCAAAGGACGGAGAGGUCUUUGUUGAUGCAACGUUUGGUGCUGGUGGUCACACCUGUGCAAUUCUCAACUCUGCAAAAUGUAAAGUAUUUGCAGUUGACCGGGAUCCAGUUGCAGUAGAAAUAGCUCAAGUCCUGUCCACUAGACCAGAGUAUAAAGGUCAACUUAUUCCAUUACAGGGAAAAUUCAGUGACUUGUUUGAGCUUCUUUCAAAUAAUGGCAUCAAGAAAGAGUCAUUAGAUGGAAUGCUUCUGGACAUUGGGCCAUCAUCAAUGCAAUUUGAUGACCCUUUGAGAGGGUUUUCUUUGAGUAAAGAUGGCCCCCUUGAUAUGAGAAUGGACUCUGAAAAUGACACAAAGUCAUCAAGAAACUCCUCUUUCACAGCUGCUGAUGUUGUAAAUUCAAUAAGUGAGCGUGAACUCAUCUCUGUGCUAAGGCAUUAUGGAGGAGAGCGAGAUGCGGCUCGGAUCUCACGUGCAGUCAUCAAAGCAAGAGACAGGGAGCACAUCAUGACAACAAGACAGUUAGCUGCCAUUGUUGCAAAUGCAGUAGGCUUUGGACGAAAAGAUAAGUUGAAUCGAUUUGCACACCCUGCUACAAAAACCUUCCAAGCUCUCCGAAUCCUUGUCAACGAUGAACUUAAUGAGCUUCAUAAAGCUCUUAAAGCAGCAAAAAAACUGCUAACACCUGGAGGACGUUUAGUGGUCAUCUCGUUUCACUCUGCUGAGGACUCCAUUGUCAAACACUUCCUCAAAGAUGAGGCAACGAGAAAAACGAGCAAAACCAUGUCUGAUAGUGACUCUAUAACCUGGCUACCACUGCACAAGAAAGUUGUCUCGCCAUCCGAUGAUGAGAUAUUCUUCAACCCAAGGUGUCGGUCGGCUAAAUUGAGGGCUGUUGUGAAAACUAACAAAGAAGUCCUUGAACUAUGUCAGUUGACCCACUUGCUUAGCAAGUCAGCGUCCGAGAGUAUGACCAAGGAACCAAAUUUAUAAAAUUAAUCAAUUUAUUGUCUAUAUUUUCACUGUGAAAAGCAUUAAACAAUACAACAUAAUAA